ACGCUUCAGUGUGUCAUCAUGAGGACGCCGGAGCUGCUCGUGUCGCUGCUGGCUGCCGUCUCGGCACGGAGGGAACAGGGCGGUGUGCCGCUCAGUCACGACGUGCAGCGGAGACACAGCGGCGGCUUCGUGCCGAUCCCGGGCUACCCCGGGCACCACCACGGCAAUGGGUACCCGGGAGGAGGUAGCCAGGUACCGGUGUACCCGGGGCCCGUGUACCCCAACCCGCCGCCGUACCCGGGUCACCACGGCGGUCCGUACCCGCCGCCCGUACCGCACACAUCGGUACACAUCGAGCCGGAGAAGAUCGUCCUCAACUGCGUGGUACAGGGGUACGCCUCCACGCCGAUCCAGUGGCUGAAGCCGGACGGGCCCGGCCUGGUGGCGGAGGGCGGCGCCGUCCUCUGGGACCGACGGCAUAUCCUCGUCGAGAGCGACGUGUUCGGCGGCGGCCGACGCUCGCGACUCGUGCUCUCCUACCCUCAGCCGCGACACCUUGGUGUCUACCAGUGCCAGGCCGGCAGCGCCGCCAGCAGGGCCUUCCGCGUCGGCGGGGACGAGUUCGGCAGCGGAGGUUUCCAGCCGGUGUUUCACGCUCGCAGCGGCGGCUCCGGUCAGAUCCUGGCAGCGAGGGAGCCCGGCUCCGACCCGGAGCUGGAGCCGGAAGAGAGAGGGAAGAGCGAGCCGCUCACCGAGGCAGAGGAGCGGGAGAAACAGGAGAUCAUCGAGACCAUCAAGCGUGAGAUAGAGGAUGUGGAGAACGCCGUGCGCAGCGCCCGGAGCCUCUGAGCGGCUGCUGCACAGGCCGGCGGUGGUGAGGUCAUGGACCUCUACCACCGUGACACUGCAAAUAUCGGGUAUAAAGGCGUGCGCUUGGUAGCUGUCGCAUUCGGUACCAGGGCAUUUGUGUGUGUUUAGUGUCAUGGGAUGCAACAUUUGUCAAAUGCCUUGAAAGUGAAUGCAGUAUAACAUAUGUAAGGUGACAGAUUACCAUGGAUAGUCCGUCUCUGGCUGCCCAUUGCCCAUCUCUUUACGUUGAUCCGGACACUUUCCGGUGUCGGUCGGGAAAAGUGGUGAUGUCAGGUAAUCUCUCCUUCUCCCGGUAGAAGGGCAUCGGUGUCGGGUAUGAUCUCACAGCCCGCUGGUCGGCCAGGUGAUAUCGAUCGUGUGGUCAGAGCCUGAUGGGGUGAGGUGAAGGUCAGCACUUAGUGAAACGGGUCCGAUGGGACUGGGAAUUGAUUACUCGUUACUGAGAGCGCACGCAACGCAAGCAAUUGCACAUUGCCAUAUGCAUAUUGCAUAUUGGCACAUUUGUCAUAUUUAUUCAUUGCUUUUGUUCCAAUAAAAAAGCAAGCCAGUCGCCUUAUCAUAGUUUUUCCCAAUGUUGGGCAACUAAUUAAAAAACAGUUCCAGUGGCGUAUUCCGCUUUCGUCUCACAAGGAAUGGACACAAUCAUAGACCUCUGUAUACAGAGGUCUAUGACACAAUAAAAUUGUUUGAUAUG